AUGUCUUCUACUAGAUUAUGUGGUUUGAAGCCUCUACUCUUUCGUCGAAAAUCAAGUCUUAACGAGUCAAUGAGAAGUUCAACCUCACCAAAGAAGUCACCAAAGGCUAACAACGAUGAUUUGAAGUGCGAUUUGAAGUGCGAGUCGAUGGAAUUAUCAUUUGUAGGUAUGGAUCAAUUGAUGUUAAUGAUGGAAGUUCAUAAGAAAAUCUUUGUCUUCAGAGACAUCAUGGACCUUGUUCCUUUGCAAACUUCAGCUUCCUUACGUCAGAUGGUUAUUACAACCUUAGAAGAUCUUCAACGGCUUUAUCCGAUGAUCAUACCGAUCAAGAAAGUCGCAAAUAUUAACGAUAAGUCUACCGAUCAGGGUCUUGUCUACUUCUGCGAGGCGUUAAAGUCUCUUGGAGAAUCAUGGUUGAUAUACGAUUUCAAGGACAAGAACAAUAACGAGUUACCGAUACCAUCUUGCAAGGAUAACACCAAUAUGAAGGAAUUAGGUGUUACUAUGUUGGCUACACUGGAUUGUUUGAUUAAGAUUGCGAGUGAGAGAUUUGAUGUCAUGGAAGAAGAUUCGCCGAAGAGAGUUUUCAAAUCGUCGUGUAUCUCUGAUAUAAGCCCUUCUUCUCCGCUCACGCCAACGUCGGUUCUGCCAGAACCUAUUGAAUACACUGCAAAAUUAGUUUCUUGUAACGCAAGGCUUUGGUCUCUGAGAAUUCAAGGUGUUGAAAAGCUGAAUCCGAUCGAUUUUAAGCGAUUAUCUUACUAUAUGUCACCGCAAAUCGUUGAAACGCUUGAUAAUAAGAUCGAAAAAGAAGUAAUUGUAGAUGAGGAAAAGGAUCAAAAAGUGGAAAAUUAUGAAAAGGAUCAGAAAGUGGAAAAUUAUGAAAAGGAUGAUACAAUAAAGGAUCAUGUUUUUGACUUGGAAAAAACAUUUCCUUUGCCGCUUCCGCUGUCUCCUCCUCCGCCGCUUCCUCCAUCAACAGCUCGAUUGCAACAAAGUGAAGUGAAAGUUAAGACUCCGCCGCCGCCGCCUCCUCCUCCACUUCCACCAUCAACAGCUCCAUUGCAACAACAUGAAGUGGAAGUUAAGAUUCCACCGCGACUGUCUCUAGGUUUAGCCUCAGUAAAACCUGGAUCAGCUCCAGCUCCUCCACCAUUGCGCGGAAACGGAAGUGCUAUACCGCCUUCACCGCCGCCACAGCCACUGCCUCCUCCACUUCCACCAUCAACAACACCUCAAUUGCAACAAAUUGAAGUGGCAGUUGAUAUGCCACCACCUCUGCCGGCGCCGCUACCUCCAUCAAUUCCACCACCUCCGCCACCUUUGUCCAUGAAACCUGGAUCUUUACCAGCCCCUCCACCACCGAUGCCGCAUGGAAACGGAAAUGCUGCUCCACCGCCUCCGCCAUUGGGAGCAGGGAGAAUCUUAAAGCCUAGAGCAACUACAAAACUGAAAAGAUCAACUCAAUUAGGAAACCUGUAUAGAAUUCUCAAAGGAAAAGUAGAAGGGUCUAGCCUCAAAGGAAAAUCAUCUAGUGGAAAAAACAAUGCAAUUGGAGCAAAAAGCAAUGGAGGAAAACAAGGAAUGGCUGAUGCUCUAGCAGAGAUGACAAAAAGAUCAUCUUACUUUCAACAAAUAGAAGAAGAUGUUCAAAAGUACACAAAACACAUCAUGGAACUAAGAUCUACCAUCACAAAUUUCAAGACAAGCGAAAUGACAGAAUUGAUCAAGUUCCACAAAGAUGUCGAAUCCGUUCUUGAGAAUCUAACCGAUGAAUCUCAGGUCUUAUCGAGGUUUGAAGGUUUCCCGUCGAAGAAGCUCGAAGCUAUAAGAAUGGCAGCCGCACUCUACAAUAAAAUGGAUUCAAUACUCAAGGAGCUUCAAAAUGUGAACAUCGUUUCGCCCGUGACUCAGAUUCUCGACAAAGUCGAACGUUACUUCAACAAGGUAAAAACAGAAUUAGAUACAUUAGAGCGAACGAAAGACGAGGAAUCGAAGAAGUUUAAGAGUCACAACAUCGAGUUCGAUUUCUACAUCCUAGUAAAAAUCAAAGAAGCAAUAGUUGAUGUUUCCUCCAAUUGCAUGGAGCUAGCACUAAAGGAAAGACGCGAUAAAAACGCGGAAUCGAAUUUGAAUGGUGUUAGUGAUCAAAAAAGAAAAGAAUAUGGCAAGUUGCUAUGGAGGGCUUUUCAAUUUGCAUUUCGAGUUUAUACAUUUGCUGGUGGACAUGAUGAUCGAGCUGAUAAGCUUACAAGAGAAUUGGCUGAGGAAAUUGAGAGUGAUCCGAAUCAAAUCAAACAUAGUCAUGCAUGA